CAGAUCCCAAGAACCCACGUAAACUCAAUUUAAUUAUUCACUAAUUACUCAUUAAUCUCUAAUUAUCUUGUUCUCUUCUUUAUUUAUUAUCACAGAGCAUCACAUUAUAGUUUUCUUGAAGAACAAGAAAAUGAAAACCCUACUUUUUUCUUGUUUUCUUUUUCUUGUUCUUGUUGAGGGAGGUGAAAUCUUAAAGUAUAAUGUUGAUCUGUCAACUCUACUUCUGAUAAAAUCUAGGCUCAUCGAUCCUUCGAAUCGCCUCGGGAAUUGGAAAAUGCCGGAGAAUGGAGAAGAUGUUCAUUUGUGGUCUCACUGUAAUUGGACAGGAGUUUUCUGCAACUCUAAAGGGAGUGUAGAUAAGCUUUUUUUGUCUAACAUGAGUCUCGGUGGUAAUGUAUCGGAUCGGAUUCAAGAACUGUCCGGUCUUUCGAUUCUUGAUAUUUCUUGUAAUGAAUUUGCUUCUGCAUUGCCGAAAUCUUUAGGGAAUUUGGUUUCAUUGAAGAGUUUUGAUGUUAGUCAGAAUAAUUUCGUUGGGAACUUUCCUAGUGGGCUUGGAAGAGCUUCAGGUUUGACUUUAGUCAACGCGUCGAGCAACAAUUUUUCAGGGUUUCUCCCUGAAGAUCUCGGAAAUGCGACAUUGCUCGAAAAAUUAGAUUUUCGAGGGAGUUAUUUUGUCGGUUCGAUACCUGAGUCUUUCAAGAAUCUGCAGAAGUUGAAGUUUCUUGGUCUUUCUGGUAAUAAUCUGACAGGAAAGAUUCCAGGAGAAAUCGGCCAGCUUUCGUCUCUCGAGACUAUGAUUCUUGGAUAUAAUCAGUUCGUAGGCAAAAUCCCGGCAGAAAUUGGAAAUCUCACCAAUCUUCUGUAUCUCGACUUGGCGGUUGGUACUCUCAGCGGUCAGAUUCCUGCCGAAUUGGGUAAACUAAAAAAACUUACAACUGUUUACUUGUAUAAAAACAAUUUUACUGGAAAGAUUCCUCCUGAACUCGGAAACAUUGCUUCGUUACAGUUUCUGGAUCUUUCUGAUAAUCAGAUUUCAGGAGAGAUUCCGGUGGAGAUAGCAGAACUGAAGAAUUUGCAGCUUUUGAAUUUGAUGUGCAAUAACCUGACAGGUUCAAUUCCAAGCAAGUUUGGUGAGUUAACCAAAUUACAAGUACUCGAGCUAUGGGAAAAUUCUUUGACAGGCUCGUUACCGAUGAAACUCGGACAAAAUUCACCAUUGUAUUGGUUAGAUUUGUCUUCGAAUUUUUUAUCUGGUGAUAUCCCUUCAGGUUUAUGUCAGUCUGGAAAUCUGACUAAACUAAUCCUCUUCAAUAACUCAUUAUCUGGUCCAAUUCCUGCAAAUCUUUCCACCUGCAAGUCAUUAGUCCGUGUUCGGGUUCAGAAUAAUCACAUUUCCGGGUCGAUUCCGGUUGGAUUUGGAAGUCUGCCGAUUCUUCAGAGGCUAGAAUUGGCAAACAACAAUCUGACAGGUGAAAUACCAGAUGAUAUUGCUCUAUCUGCCUCUCUUUCUUUCAUCGACAUAUCUCAAAACCGACUCGAAUCAACUCUCCCUUAUAACAUUCUCUCCAUGCCUAACCUUCAAAUAUUCAUGGCCUCAAGUAACAACCUGAUAGGCAAAAUCCCAGACGAAUUCCAAGACUGUCCUUCACUCACCCUUCUUGAUCUUUCGAGCAACCUUUUUUUCGGACCACUUCCGGGAAGUGUAGCUUCGUGUCAAAAGCUCGUGAAUCUGAAUCUUCAAAACAAUCAUAUCACAGGAGAAAUCCCGAAAGCAAUCUCAACAAUGCCUAUGUUAGCCAUUCUCGACCUGUCUAACAACUCUUUAACCGGUCAAAUCCCGAAAAAUUUCGGGAAUUCACCCGCUUUGGAGAUGGUCGAUUUGUCAUUCAAUAAGCUCGACGGUCCAGUUCCGUCCAAUGGCGUUUUAACGAAUAUAAACCCGAAUGAUCUUAUUGGAAAUGCCGGUCUUUGUGGCAGCGUACUUCCGCCGUGUUCUACAAGCUCAUCAACACCGAAGCAAAAAGAGAAUCUGCGAAUUCAUCACAUCAUCAUCGGAUUCAUCAUCGGUAUCACAGUGAUUUUAUCGCUCGGAAUUGCAUUUGUAAUUGGGAGAUGGAUAUAUAAACGAUGGGACCUUUACAAUAGUUUUGUGUAUGAUUGGUUUAAGAAGAGCAACAAAGAAUGGCCAUGGGUAGUAGUAGCAUUCCAGAGAGUUAGUUUUAGCAGCAGUGAUAUUCUAGCUUGCAUAAAGGAGUCAAAUGUCAUAGGCAUGGGAGGUACCGGCAUUGUCUACAAGGCCGAAGUCAAUCGUCCAGAGAUAGUUGUUGCCGUGAAGAAGCUAUGGAAAACGGACACAGACGUCGAAAGUGGUGAUGAUCUUUUCGCGGAAGUGAGUCUCUUAGGAAGGCUACGUCAUAGAAAUAUCGUCCGGUUGCUUGGAUAUCUGCACAAUGAAACAGAUGUGAUGAUGAUAUAUGAAUACAUGACUAAUGGAAAUCUUUGGUCAGCUUUGCAUGGUAAGGAAGCCGAAAAAAUGCUCGUCGAUUGGGUUUCAAGGUAUAAUAUAGCAGUUGGAGUUGCACAGGGGCUGAAUUAUCUCCACCACGAUUGUCGUCCGCCGGUUAUCCACCGCGAUAUCAAGACCAACAAUAUAUUACUCGACGCAAAUCUGGAUGCGAGAAUAGCAGAUUUUGGAUUAGCGAGGAUGAUGAUUCACAAGAAUGAGACGGUUUCAAUGGUGGCGGGAUCUUACGGAUAUAUUGCUCCUGAAUACGGUUACACUCUAAAGGUGGACGAGAAGAGCGACAUAUACAGCUUCGGUGUUGUACUCUUGGAGCUUGUAACAGGGAAAAAACCUUUAGAUCCCGCAUUUGGAGAAUCGACUGACAUAGUCGAGUGGGUACGGAGAAAGAUAAGAAGCAACCAAGCAUUAGAGGAAGCGUUAGAUUCUGGCAUUGCGGGGCAGUGCAAACAUGUGCAGGAAGAGAUGCUUCUUGUUCUCAGAAUAGCAAUUCUUUGUACAGCAAAGAACCCUAAGGACAGACCAUCCAUGAGAGAUGUCAUAACAAUGCUCGGAGAAGCGAAACCAAGACGGAAAAGUAUUCGUCACAGCGGAGUACAAAACCCAAGCAAAGAGAAGCAAGUCUUUAGCAACUCACCUGUAAUUGGCCUUCUGUAGAAAAAAAAUUACCAAGACGGAAAAGCAUUCGUUACAACGGAGUACAAAACCCUAGCAAAGCGAAGCAAGUCUUUAGCAACUCACCUGUAAUUGGCCUUCUGUAGAAAAAAAAAUUCUUAAUAUUGCUGCUUGCGUUUAUUCAAUUUUUCACUUUUUAUGUAAAUCUUAUUGAUAUAAUGAAUAAAAUUACAACAUUUUUAUAA